AAUAAUGCUGACGGACAUGCAGAUUGUAUUUCAGGAUUAGUUUCAUAACCCAAAACCGAAGCCGCUGUUAAAUCGAACUGCGACUCAACGAUGGCUCGCGUGCGUGUGCGAUUAGGGGACUGGAAUCGGCUAAACAGGAAAUGGCAACACAGAGUUAGCAUGAUGAAGACGAUGGUGACGCAAUUGUUAGAAAAGGAACGGAUAAGGACAACGCUGGCGAAGGCCAAAACGCUGCAGCGGUAUGCGGACAAGGUCAUCACGCUGGGCAAGCAGGGCACGCGCGAGGCCUGGUCGGAGGCCCGCGGCAUCGUACGCACCGACCGCGAGCUGCACAAGCUGUUCACACAGGUGGCGCUGCGGUACCGGGAGCGGCCCGGCGGCUUCACGCGACUGGUGCGCGCGGGCUGGCGUGAGCGCGACGCAGCGCCCGUGGCCUUCGUGGAGCUGGUGGACCGGCCUGGCGAGCUGCGGCCAGCCAACCCGGCGCUGCAGCGGCCCAACCCGCUGUCGGUGCAGGCGUGGAUCCGGCAGCAGCUGGGGCAACCCGCGCGCGAGCCGUCGCCGCUGCUGCCGCCGUCGGUGCAGCAGUACCUGCGGGAGGAGAACCGGAUACAGCAGGGGCGUGCGCAGCCGGUUACGCGAUGAUGGGGCAGUGGGGUUGGGGGCAAGAGGGGUGAGCGUGGCGAGAUGCUGAGCGCGGAGUGCUGAGUGUGUUGGGUGGGAAGGUGCGUUUCUGUGCGUGUGCAACUGUGGGCAACUGGUUUGCCUAUCAAUGACGAAUGGACGAUGACAUAAAUGUGCAAGAAUAUGACCCCUGCAGCUCAUGACAUGGAUACUUCUUGGGUGAAUGCAUCGGGCAUGGGUUCAGCUGCACGGAGGAUGGCAGGAAGUAUGGCUUGAUGCUCAGCCUUAGGAAUGGCCCGAUAGCAGCAAAGCAGUUGCGGGUCGCGUGAAGGGGAACGCGUCUUGGUGUUCGGUAUGCGAUAGCUAGCUGGCGGGACGGUUAGGCAGUUGCCCAACUUGAGCCUGGUCCUGCAAGGCUGCUGAGUCGAGCCUGUCCGGUGUGCUACUACGCUAAUGUAUGGCUCGCCGGCGCGGCCAUGGUAGAACGGCGUGCGCUUGUGCCAGCCGGCGGAAGCGGCAGUCAUGAAUGCGCUCGAAAUCCAGGGUCAGCAUCGGCUCCUCCGGCUGCAGCGGCUGGCCGUAGUUGCGGCUGGCCCCCGAAACCAGGCAUGGCAGGAAGAUUAAUUGGCAAGACCGGCAGCUGCAGCAG